AUGAUCCGAGCCCUCUUAAACCGCAAGCUGCACCAGUCCGUGGUUCCCAUGCGCACUUUGGCAGGCUUGCUCCUAGCGCUAACCGGGGCAAUCUUCAACGGGACGACGGGCGUCUUUGGGAAGCUGGCCCCGGUAAGAGGGCCCGACGUCGACUUGUUCGUGUUCCACUUUUGGGCUUGCGUGGGGGUCGCGCUCACCGCCACUCUAGUUCUCCUCUUCGGCCCGGUGACGUGGACGCCCCUGGGGCUGCUCAGCGGCGGCCUGCUCGCGCUUUCGCUCGCGUGCUCCUUCACCGCCAAUAAGCUCAUCGGCGUGUCCCUCCGGGCUGGAAUCGCCAACGGCACGGCGGCUUUGGUCUCCUUCGUUUUCGGCCUUUUCUUGGACCCCAAUCGUCGGAAGCUCAGAAACCUGCCGGUGGCUCUGGCCGGGCUCUCCCUGCUUAUGGGCGCCAUCGUGGGCAUAGCGUAUGCGGGGGAGAGGUCUUGUCGAGUGGAGGAAGAACACGAAAGGGUGCUCACGGGAAAGAGAAGCGAGAGGGUAGCCGCAACCUGCACCGGAUACAUAGCCGGCCUGUUUCUGGCGGUGUUGGCCGGGACCUUGGGUGCGCUCACUUUGGCCCCCAUGCAGUACGCCCCCUCCCGGGAGCGCACCCUCCGUUACCUGCCGUCGAUGGCCGUCGAGGUCAUCUUACUAGCCCCGAUAGUCGACGUGCUGGCGCUUGCCGCCCGGGGGAAGCGCCUCGAGCUGAAACCAAAACAAGCGGCCCCGCCAGGCAUCGCCGCCGGAUUCUGCCGGACCGUGGGCAUAGCCGCCAGCAUCCUGUCCAUCAGGCACCUGGGCUACACGCUCGCGUACCCCAUCCUGCAAUCCUCCACGUUCGUAGCGGGGCUGUGGGGCAUCUUGGUUUUCCACGAGAUGAAAGACCCCGAGUCGCGGAAAAUCUACUGGCUGUCCGGCCUCGUCCUGCUAGCGGGAGUGACCUGUCUUCCUCUCGCAAGAUAG